AUGCACAUCAGUUCCAGAUGGUGUGGUGUUGGAUUGAGAACGCAUAAUCUUUCGGGUCGCGAUCAAGACCAGGUGACACGGGUGCCCCUUGACAACACACUCUCACAAAAUCUAAAUACUACUCCCUCCCUUUUUGCUGGACAAUCGAAGGCUUACCUGAUGCAUAAGGUCUGGAUGGACCGUCAACGUGAAAAAGCCAUGGGACUACACAAAUUGGUGACUGCGACCCUCGGGGUGUCAUUGAGAAAAGUUGAGACGAUUAAACUCUGGCCAGAGCAGACAAUAAAUUAG